ACCUAAGGUCAAAUGCAUGCCCUUAACCUAUCAUAUAUCACCAAAACAUAAAAGUUCAAACAAAAACAACAACACAUUUCACACUAAGUUAUAAUAACCAUUCACCAACACCACCAACAACAACACAGCAAAACCACCAGUCCAAGUCCACACUUCAUCCUCUCUCCUUUACAAAUAUAUAUCCAUCUACCCUCUCUUCUGCCAUUUGUCAGACCUUCCACUUCCUUCCUUUUUAUUUUUCUCUCUCAUCACAACCACAACCACAACAAAGAAACCAACUAUGCGAAAACCUUGUUGUGACAAAGAAAACAUCAAUAAAGGAGCAUGGUCUAAGCAAGAAGAUCAAAAGCUCAUUGACUACAUCAGAGUUCAUGGUGAAGGUUGUUGGCGUUCCAUUCCCAAAGCUGCUGGGUUGCAUCGUUGUGGCAAAAGCUGCAGACUGAGAUGGUUAAACUACUUACGACCAGACAUCAAACGUGGAAUCUUUGCUGAAGAUGAAGAAGAUCUUAUCAUCAAACUCCAUGCCCUCCUUGGUAACAGGUGGUCACUCAUUGCUGGAAGAUUGCCAGGAAGAACAGACAAUGAGGUGAAGAACUAUUGGAAUUCUCACAUCCGCAGAAAACUGAUAAAGAUGGGGAUUGAUCCAAACAACCAUAAGCCACACCAAAGCUUUUCUCGUCCUCAUGCUUCUUCUGCUGAGGGGGCAUCAACAUCCGAAUCCAUGAACAAAGGCCACAAUAAAGUUCCCAUCUUUAAAUCCCCACUUGCUGCCACUCAUCACAGGAUUUCCUUCACAGAACAAGAAUCAGCAAUUAUUUCGUCACCCUCUUUGAAUCUUGACCUAACAAUUGCUUUACCUUCUUCCCUGAUUGGUGCUUUGGAAGAAGACACGCCAGUACAAAAUUCCGAGUCCACCAACACACAAAUAGAUCUCAACUGUUAGCACAUGUUGCCAACUCAUUAUAUAUACCAGUAGUAGUAGUGCAUGUUUGUUACAGUAUAUAAUUUUGAAAAAAUAAUCAUUUUUUAAAAGCACUUAAAAAGAAGCUUUAAGAUUUUAUUAUCUUUUUAAAAUAUGUUCUCUUUAAUACACCAAAUGCACUACAAUUAUACUAUAGUACACUAGACAAGGAAAUCUUAGGGAAGAUUAUUGGAGGAUUUAACAUGAGUUUUAUAUUUCAUGUAAUUGCAAGUGUCCUUUGUAUAUUUUGAUGACCUAAACUAUGUUCGUCUGCAUGUUCCUGCAACAUAAAUAAUACGAGAAAAAUAACAUGCAAAUUGUCAUUGAGUUUUAGUUUUUUUUCGGGAGUUGAAUUCGAAUUGUUCAUAUAUGGCCAAAGCAAAAAAUAA